AUGACCAACAUCCCACGGGGAGUGGGUGCCCCACCACCCCCGGGAAUGAAUUCGGCAAAGCGUGGACGGCUGGUGUGCAUCAAGGUGCGAAUGCUCGAUGACACCGUCGCUGUUUUCCAUCUUGGGCACAAAGCUCUGGGACAAACAUUAAUUGACGAAGUUUGCCGCCAUUUAAACCUACUCGAAAGUGAUUAUUUUGGGCUCUCUUUUAUUGACGGAAACGGAAAUCAUUGCUGGCUGGAUCGCGAAAAAUCCAUAUUAAGGCAGAUCACAAACGGUUCUGUCGACGCGAAAUUCUACUUCAUCGUCAAAUUCUAUACGCCGAACCCCAUCGACCUUGAGGAGGAGUACACUAGAUAUUUAUUUACGUUGCAAUUGAAACGGGAUCUUGCUCUUGGCGAACUGCAUUGCAGUGAGAACACCGCCGCCUUGUUAUCGGCUUAUUUAGUGCAGUCGGAGUGCGGUGAUUUCUCGCCUGAGGAUUAUCCAGAUGCCACCUACUUAUCGCACACCAGAUUCAUUCCCAACCAGACUUUGGAGUUUCAAAAAAAAGUCAUGGAUAACCACAAAAAUUUCAUCGGAAUGACACCUGGGGAGAGUGAUUUGGCAAUGCUUGAAGUUGCAAGAAGAUGUGACUUCUAUGGUGUUAAGCUUCAUCCAGCAAAAGAUAUUGAUGGAAAUGAGGCGGCGCUAUCCGUGAUGCACCUUGGAAUGAGAGUUUUCCGGCAAUUACAACUUGACACGACAUUCUCCUGGGCAAGAAUUCGAAAAUUGAGCUUUAAAAGGAAAAAGCUAUUAAUCAAGCUUCAUCCGGAUAGCUACCAAUACCUCAAAGAGACCGUUGAAUUCAUAUUUGAUACGAGGGAUGAAUGCAAGAACUUUUGGAAGAAAUGCGUCGAGCAUCACGCAUUCUUCCGAUGUGUUCAAGCCGAAGAGCCGAAAAAAGAAGCCAAGUUUUUUAUCAGCAAGGGGUCUUCAUUUAGAUAUCAUGGAAGGACACAGAAACAAUUGAUUGAUUAUGUUAGGGAACAUCACAAACGAAGGGAACCCUUCACAAGGCCUUUACGAUCAGCAGUAUCAACUAGAAAAACUGUUGGCUAUGCUGCAACAUAUGGACCGAUAUCGGAUCGAACCGCAAGGAAUGGCUCACUUUAUGAUCCACAAAUUGCGCAAAGCUCCAACGAUUCCUACAACAAUGCACAUUCAUCGAUGCCGCAUAUUGCACAUUUCUCAUCCGUUUCGUCCCAUCAAGUCGAUCCCACGUUCUCAGGUACUUUAGACGCACGUGUUGGAACAUAUUGCCCACGCGCGCCGCCGCUAAGACCGCGACAAUUGAAGCGCGGCGAGCGGUGUACUUCCGAUGUCGAAACGUCGGCAGAACGCCAACCGCGCGCUUCACGCAACCACAACUGUUCAACUGUUGUUCCUGUUAAUGCAAAAACCGAACCGCAAGAUUUAUCGGUGUCGCUUCCCAAUGUUCGUAGUGAGGACUUGCAUUUGGCUUGUAAAGAGAUUGCGCUAGAAAGUAAAGAGCCGCCGAAAUCUGUUUCCGGCGACAAUUUCCUUGAGCGUCGACCCAGUAGAGACUAUGAUAAUGUCAGCGAAGACUCAUACCGUUUAUCUGAUCAUGAGAGGAGCACACGUUCCGAGGUUGGUGUCGGCUCCAAGCAAGCAGCAACCACUGUCUUCAAUUCAACAUUUGUGUCGAGACGACCGGGAGCGACGGUUGUCAAGCGAGUGGUUGCCCAAACAAAAAGUGGCACCGAUGAUGAAGACAAUAAUUUGAAACAUGCAUCCGAUUAUGCUUCAUUCCGCCAUGUUAAAGAGUACCCUUUCGUUAAGACUGCUAAUAUUGUCCCAAUUGAAAUUGAUGGUCCCAAUGUUGAUUUGUCGGCUAGACGAAGUACAACAACAGUUUCCACAACUACCAAAGUUCUAACAAGCUCAGGCGCGGUUUUAAUGAAGCCUAAGGUUAUCUCCACUGAGAGCACACAUCCACGUGUUUCCCCUGAAUCGAACACGGUCACCUAUGGAGCAGUUGGACCUUUACCUGGAAAGGUGAUCAGCAAGGAUAACAUUGUGAUAACACCUGAAGGUGUGAAGGAAAGAAAACCGAAGCCGAGUCCGCCGCCAAAACCGUUAUCCCAAACCACUACAAAUGUUGUCAAUGUCGAUGUUGUCAAGGAAAUUCGUGCUGAGAGGGCUUCUAGUCAUCCGCUUGUUCACAUGGUUGAAGACGUGCCUUUCUCUCGUGCCCCAUUAGAAUUUGAAGAUUGGAAGUCGUCAUCACUUUCAAGGCCAGCACUGAUUUCGGUUCAAAGUGAAGACAAUCCCGAUGUUCAAAAGUGCCAUUUAUUUAACAGCGAUAUUCCAUAUACACUGACGAUGCGAAAUGUUGAAAGUACCCAAAGUCUGCCUUAUUCCACAUUUAAAGAUGUGCCUUUACGACAAAAGAAUUAUGAAUCCAAUUCAUUGAAGAGAGUUUCGAAAAGUCCCGAAUUCAAAAGAAGAAAAUCGCUGGAUCUCGUUCCGAGAAAGCGAUUACCGUCGCCUGGUAACUUCAGCGCUCAGGAUCAUACUAUUUCACCUACGACACCAGACAGUGAUGUGUUGGAAUACCUACUACGGCGCAAGAGCUUGAUGAACGAAAAAUCGGGAGCAUUGAAGUCGCGAAAACGGACGGAUCCAAGACGGCAAACCCAACCAGUGCGUUUCGACCUGCCACCAUCGCCAUGCUCGCCAACAGCCGGUGGAUCGACGCCAUUCAUCAGCCUCUUGAAUGAUGACGUCUUUGACGAAUGUGUGUCUGAAUCAAGAAGUUUGCAUGAGGACAUGGAUCGACUUGACAAAUCGACACCGCACACCCAAUCCAUAACGUCGUUUAUUUCUCAAAAAUCGCGAAGAGAUUCAGAAGAAAGUGACGCGAUGCCACCGCCGCCCGACGAAGUUUUGAAGAAGAGCGUCACACCGCCAACAAGUGGUCGACCGAUUCCACCGCCGCCACCACCGAAAUCAUUGGCAGCUUCUGUGAGGGUUGCUGAAAUGAAGGCGAUGGGCGCUGGCCGACCAAUAAGCUAUCCGGACGUUAAUGACUCGCCGCCAUUUAUCGAUGACUCGCCAAAAGACGGAAGUGAAGCAUCGCAAGAGAUUCGCACAUUUCAUGAGCCCAUUUAUCAGACGCCAAUCAAGAAGAAGGAUGUGAUUGUUGGCAUCAACUCGACGUUUUCCGCUGAGACGAUUUGCACAUCUGAGCCAAUCAUUCAGUUAUCAAAAAAGAAGGGCCGAACGCGAAUGUCUCGGAGCACCACUGACACCACAGAACUCACGCGAGCUGAAUCUAGUGAUAGCGGUGGUGUUUCAUUAGCGGAAUCUGUGUGGCUUGGAUCCAAAUCGCACAGCAUCAAUGGCUUGCUCAAGUCAUCCCCGAGUUCUGGAAGUCUUGGCUUUAAUAAAGACAUUGAAUCUUGUCUUGAUGUAGAUAAUGUUGAGAAUUAUAGUUCGCCAAGUAAUAGCGAUGAAUACUACAUUACUCGAAAGGAUUUCGCUAAAACGAAACCGGAAUUGAGCAGCAUCGUCAAAGAGUUUUAUUGGAAAGAGCUUGUCUUCACAAGGGACCUUUUGUUAAUCACCGAAACAUUUUUCGAAAAAAUUAAAAACCAUAUUAUUAAUUGUCGAAUUCCAAAGGAAAUGUUUGGAUCUUUACGGGAACUUGUUCGACCUCAUCAAGACUUGAUGGAUGCAUUGACAAAAGCUGUUUCAGAAAAAGAAGAAGUUAUGGCUUCGACUGUUGCUUCAGUGUUGCUCUGCGCCGUUCACAAUCUGAUUCCGAUGUAUCAUUCGCUCAUUCAACAAUAUCCAAUGUACAUUGCCGCACUUGAUCAAUUAGGAAGGUCAAAAGUCUCAUUUCGGACGGAAGUUUCAAUGUUCGAGCAAUCAAAGGAAUGCUAUAUACCGAUUAACUGGAUUCUUGUCAAGAUUUUGAGCAGAAUGGUCAACUGGCAGCCUGUCAUUGCUAGAAUAAUUGAAGUUCAACUAUCAGAAGGCGGUGUUGAAUCUGAAACAACUAGUUUUCGAGUCGCGCUGGACAAACUCAUCGAAUUCUCCGAAAAAACUAAAACUGCUCGCAAUUCGCUCGAAGAAUAUGUUUCUGUGCUUCAACUCGAACGCGAUAUUGGUUUGGUUGGAGUUCUUUCGAAUCGAAACAGGAAAGUUCUUCGGUUUGGUUACGCUUUGAGAUGGGCUCGGAGAGCUCCCUGCAAUCGCAUUAUGAUUUUGUGCACGGAUCGAAUAUUGUUUGGCCAUCGUGGACAAAAUCUCGACGGAAAUAUUUUCACAAUUCAUGCUGAAAUUAAACUGAAGGGAUUAAUGGUCGAGGAAGGGGAUACGUACAAUGUAAUGAAUGGUGAUGAUAAUGUAAUCACUCUUCAUAAUGCUGAUAGCUCUAUUGUGCUUUCAGCGCCAGAUCGAGCGUUAUGGAUUGAGGAUAUUACCACUGCAAUUAAGAACGCUGCAAGAACGAAAAUUGACCUUCCUUCAUUAGUAAUCGAGAAAAAGGAUGAAAACGACAUUGAUAUUUCAAAAGUUUUCAUGGCUGAUGAUGUGCCCACAACAAAGUUGACACCUCUUCAAGUUGCCUGGUAUCGAAAAUGCUCAUUUGGACGUAAAGAUGUGAAUAAGAUGGCUACUAAUAAUAUGUGCGGAUAUUUGAAGCGAAAGCUGAGGAACUCAACGGGAUGGCAGGACUUAUGGGUUGUACUUUCCUGCCACACUCUCUUUUUUUAUAGGAAUCAUAAGGAAAAAGAACCGCUUGCUCAUUUAUCAUUGCUCAAUUAUGGAAUCGGUUUACCAACGAUUGAUGACAAUGUUAACCAUGAAAAUUGCUUUAAAAUCUUUUACGGAUCGCACAAAUAUUUUUUCCACGCUGAAAAUUAUUAUUUCUUUGAGCGAUGGGUUGAUGCCAUCCUUCAAGCCGACAUCUCUCCGAACUCGCUCGAUAUUGUUACUGCGCUCGCGUUGCAAAUUUAA